AUGGUUUACAGUGUUCGUCAACUUGGUGCUAAAAACACCUUGGAUUACAAGGUCUACAUUGAAGAUGAUGGUAAGGUUGUUUCUCCAUUCCAUGAUAUCCCUUUGUACGCUGAUGCUUCAAAGAAAAUCUACAAUAUGGUUGUCGAAAUUCCAAGAUGGUCCAACGCCAAAUUAGAGAUUACAAAGGAAUUACCUUUAAAUCCAAUUUUGCAAGACACCAAAAAGGGCAAGUUAAGAUUUGUUAGAAACUGUUUCCCUCACCAUGGCUAUAUACAUAACUAUGGUGCUUUCCCUCAAACUUGGGAAAACCCAAAUGCUACCCACCCUGAAACCAAAGCUAAAGGUGAUAACGAUCCAUUAGAUGUCUUGGAAAUCGGUGAAACUAUUGGUUACACUGGUCAAGUCAAACAAGUCAAAGUAUUGGGUGUUAUGGCUCUAUUAGAUGAAGGUGAAACCGAUUGGAAAAUUAUCGCCAUUGAUAUCAACGAUCCAUUGGCCUCAAAAUUAAAUGACAUUGAAGAUGUUGAAAGACAUUUACCUGGUUUAUUAAGAGCCACUAACGAAUGGUUCAGAAUUUACAAAAUCCCUGAUGGAAAACCUGAAAAUCAAUUUGCUUUCAGUGGUGAAGCUAAAAACAAAAAGUAUGCUCAAGAUGUCAUUGAUGAAUGUAACUUGGCAUGGCAAAAUUUGAUCAAUGGUUCCAUUACCCCAGAUAAAAUCAACUUAUCUAAUACCACUUUAACCAAAUCUGCCUUUUACACCUCAACUCCUCAAAUUCGUGCUGCUCAUCCAUUACCCGAUGCCAAAAUUGAUGCUUCCAUUGAUAAAUGGUUCUUCAUUUCUGGUUCUGCCGCUUAA